GUGCGAUUCAUUAUUCAUUCGGUUCGUUGCUUCUGCAGUGUUAGGACGGUCGCAGUUUGCCGGUUGUGCGCUAUCGUGACAGUUACGUCUCUAGGAUAUUGGUACGAUUAAUUUUUAGUGUUUUAUUAUCGGACGAAUAUUAUGAUGAAAUUAUUGUUCUGUGCCAGACAAUAAAGUGUGCCGUUAAAUAUAGAACUUGAGAGGGAAUUUUCUGUGAGUCAUAAUUUACUGUUCGCGAUGGCUGGAAAAACAAUUAGUUUGUUUGUGGUUUAUGCCGGUUUUUUAGUGUUUGCCAAUGGCAUGGAAGAACAUUGCUCGCUGAACACUUUUGACAUUGCCGGAAACGAUAUGCACUUUACCAAGGAAGUUACUAACGAAGAAUUUGCUCUUGUGGGUAAAUUCAAAGGAUUGCACUGUUGCGCGAAAGGAUAUCGGAGUAUUGAAUGGUACAAAGAUGGAAAAAUAUACCCUUGGGAAUUGGAUUUAUCCAGGAUGAUUAUUUACCCCGAAAAUGCAAACCAAACGAUAUACACGUAUGCUAUUCGACCAGAUGACGAGGGUAACUACACCUGCGUUCUGCGAAACGACACUGUCAUGCACAGUCAUACCAUCAAUUUGAAGGUGUUUGAUCAAAUCCCUGACCAACUUCAAAUGACCUACGUUUCACAAAACAAGCAGGCUUAUGUUGGAGAAAACGUGAGACUGUUCUGUGAAGCAUUCGCUGGUGUGGUAGAUCUUCCAGAUCAAAAUAGUGAAGCCAUAUGGUAUAAGAAACUCGAAAACGGCACACUUGUUGAACUUUCCGAUAGAUUUAAUCAAAAGAAAGUAAUCAGGGAGGACGGACAAACGUACGGGACGUACUUAGUGAUCCCUAAAGUGCGAAAAGAUGACUAUGGUGUGUACAGGUGCCAGAUUGAGAAGCCGGGCACAUCUAUCUUCAGGGAUGUUGUUCUAGAUGAGAAGAGCAGAGUUCUAAAUUACAUCAAUCCCAAUCCAUUCCCGCUGAAGGAAAUGGUACUCUGCUCCAUCAUCAUCGUUCUCAUUCUCACCACAUUCAUUGUCCUAAUCAACCAAUACGGCUUGGCUUUUCAAGUCUAUAUGAAGGACCGAUUCAGUACAGUUGAAGAUAACGAUGGCAAAACACAUGACGUGAUGGUUGCUUACGCCCCCAAAGAUUCCGAAUUAGCUUUAGGCGUUUUGGUGCCCACAUUGGAAGGUCGAGGAUAUCGCUGUACUACCAGAGAACUCAGUGCUGAUAUAACGAAUUGGAGCACGGAAUUAUCUGGUCAAAUCCACGUAUGUCGCAGAGUAAUAACGCUAAUUUCACCGGCCACUGUCAACGAUUCGUGGAUAUCGUCGAAUCUGUACCAAGCCCUCAAACAACUACAAACUCUCGAUGCAGCUAAACUCAUAUGCGUAGCUUUGAAAGAACUUCCAUUUAGUCAAAACGAAUCCAAGAACUCCGUGGGAGAGACUCUCGCUUCUCUGGCAAGGUCUAUGAACGUCAUCCAAUGGCAGAGAUCUAGCGACGAAUCUUUUUGGCUAAGGUUAUGUCGCGAACUACCACCGAAAAGAUAUUGCGUCACUCAAUCAUCUCAGAGACCAAGACUGACAUCAGAACGAAGCUUCGACAGCCUGGUAGUGGCUUAAAGCCAUUUCAUUUCUAAUAAUCAGGUUCAAAAGUCUUCCAAAACGUUCUGCGUCUACACGAUGUCACAACACUGUAUGCAGUAUUUUUAUUAAUAAUUCGACUGGUACGACAUUUAAUUUUUUAAGUUUACAAGUCUGUGUUUUUUUAUUUUUCUACUUACAAUUAAGUUGUGAACUUUUAUUUAUUGUUUGAUACUAUUUUAGUGGUUAGCUAGUUAUUUAUUUGUUUUGUAUUGGGCUAAAAUUGUAGUCGAGCCGCAAAUUAAAAUUAUUACAUUGAAAUUACUUUAAUUGUAUUUAUUAUCUUAUCUACUAGUAUCUUGUAUAUUUUUUAAAUAUUUUUGAAAUUAGCAUGAACUUAUUUAUAUGUAAUAAAAUGUAUUAGCAAUGAAAGAAUUAGCUCUUAUUAUGUUGAAUAGAAAUGAUUGUAUUUUACGUAAAAAAAGUAAAAUAUUAACAUUAUUCCUCAUCACAAUUUUAUAUAAAAUACAUAAAAUGUCAAAAAGUAUUAAUACCAUAAACAAACUUUUAAAUUAAUUUGGGUUAAUUUAUUUUUAUUUAUGUAGAUAAAAUAAUAGUUUUUAGACAUUUUUCAUAGAAAUAUAAAUACUUAAUAUCCCAAAGACAAUAUGAAGCCUUAAUUACUGUUCUCUGCCAAAAUUAUUUAACAAGAAAUGUAAAAUAAUUUUGUGUAUUGUAUAUGUUUUUGGAGGGCAAGUAUGAUUAAUUCGACAAAAUUUAAUGUGAUUUAUAAUUAUUGUAUUAUUGUAAAAGAUUAAGAUUAAUAUUUAUAGUGAUUGAAAAUGUAUAAUAUUAAUUUUGUUUACCUAUGUGAUUUAUCAAUAUAUAUUAACUUUAUUUUCUAA